CGGCCCACAACAAAAAUGGCGAGAGAACCAUCGUACCUUUCAGUCGCGGAGUUGGGCAGGAGAUUGGGAAAUCGCUCUCCCUUCCCGGCAGCGCCAAAUACAAUUUCCAUGUCAGACCUUAUGGGCGAGUCUAUUAGCCUCACAGCAAAAAGGUUACUGCUAAAAAUGUCUUUUCCACCUCACUUGAAUCGCCCUCCUAUGGGUAUCCCAACACUUCCGCCUGGAAUUCCACCUCCACAGUUCCCAGGUUUUCCUCCACCUGUACCUCCUGGGACACCAAUGAUUCCAGUGCCAAUGGGUAUUAUGGCUCCUGCACCAACUGUGUUGGUCCCAACUGCUGUGUCAAUGGUUGGAAAGCAUAUGGGAGUUAGAAAGGAACAUCCAGGUCUAAAGAACAAAGAAAACGAUGAAAACAGUGGUCCCACUACCACUGUCUUUGUAGGCAAUAUAUCUGAAAAGGCUUCAGAUAUGCUUAUACGACAGCUCCUUGCUAAAUGUGGUUUGGUUUUGAGUUGGAAGAGAGUUCAAGGUGCAUCUGGAAAACUUCAAGCCUUUGGGUUUUGCGAGUAUAAAGAACCAGAAUCUACACUACGUGCACUCAGAUUAUUGCAUGAUCUCCAAAUUGGAGAAAAGAAACUACUUGUGAAAGUUGAUGCCAAGACGAAGGCUCAGCUAGAUGAAUGGAAGGCAAAGAAAAGGGCUUCCAAUGGGAACUCCAGACCAGAAUCUACGACUGAUGAUGAAGAAGCCCUUGAUGAAGAAGCAAAGAGAAGAGACCAGCUAAUUAAAGGGGCCAUUGAAGUAUUAAUACGGGAAUAUUCCAGCGAGCUCAAUGCCCCCUCCCAAGAGUCUGACUCUCAUCCCAGGAAGAAGAAAAAGGAAAAGAAGGAGGACAUUUUCCGCAGAUUUCCAGUGGCCCCACUGAUACCUUAUCCACUCAUCACCAAGGAGGAUAUAAAUGCUAUAGAAAUGGAAGAAGACAAAAGGGACCUGAUAUCCCGAGAGAUCAGUAAAUUCAGAGAUACUCACAAGAAACUGGAGGAGGAAAAAGGCAAAAAGGAGAAAGAGAGACAAGAAAUUGAAAAAGAGCGGCGUGAAAGAGAGAGGGAACGGGAGCGUGAAAGAGAGAGGAGAGAGCGUGAAAGAGAGAGGGAGAGAGAGCGUGAACGAGAAAAGGAGAAGGAACGGGAGCGUGAACGAGAACGGGAUAGAGAUCGGGACCGCACUAAAGACCGAGACCGGGACAGAGAAAGAGAUCGGGAAAGAGACCGCGAAAGAAGCUCAGACCGCAAUAAAGAUCGGAGCAGGUCUAGAGAGAAAAGUAGAGAUAGAGAGAGGGAACGGGAAAGAGAACGGGAGAGGGAGCGAGAAAGAGAGCGGGAAAGAGAGCGGGAAAGAGAACGGGAGCGUGAGCGAGAAAAGGACAAGAAAAGGGAUAGAGAAGAGGAUGAAGAAGAUGCCUAUGAGCGGCGCAAACUGGAAAGGAAACUACGUGAAAAGGAAGCAGCUUAUCAAGAGCGUCUUAAAAACUGGGAAAUCAGAGAACGGAAAAAAACUAGAGAAUAUGAAAAAGAAGCUGAGAGGGAAGAAGAAAGGCGAAGGGAAAUGGCCAAAGAAGCUAAACGGCUAAAAGAAUUUCUAGAAGAUUAUGAUGAUGACAGAGAUGAUCCAAAAUAUUACAGGGGUAGUGCUCUGCAGAAACGUUUGCGAGACAGGGAGAAAGAAAUGGAAGCAGAUGAACGGGAUAGGAAGAGGGAAAAAGAAGAACUGGAAGAAAUCAGACAGCGUCUUCUUGCAGAAGGCCAUCCAGAUCCUGAUGCAGAGUUACAGAGGAUGGAACAAGAGGCUGAAAGGCGUCGACAGCCACAAACCAAACAGGAGCCAGAAUCUGAGGAGGAGGAGGAGGAGAAGCAAGAAAAAGAAGAGAAGCGGGAAGAGCCUGAGGAAGAGGAGGAGGAACCAGAGCAAAAACCCUGCCUUAAGCCAACAUUACGCCCCAUCAGUUCUGCUCCAUCUGUUUCAUCAGCAAGUGGCAAUGCAACACCUAAUACCCCUGGGGAUGAAUCUCCCUGUGGUAUCAUCAUCCCCCAUGAAAACUCUCCUGAUCAGCAACAACCAGAGGAAUAUAGACCUAAAAUAGGACUUAGCCUCAAACUGGGUGCGUGCAAUAGCCCUAACCAGCCCAAUGCUGUGAAAAGAAAGAAACUUACUGUGGACAGUGUCUUCAAUAAAUUUGAAGAUGAAGACAGUGAUGACAUGCCUCGGAAAAGGAAACUGGUUCCUUUAGAUUAUGGUGAUGAAGACAAAGGGUCCUCCAAAGGGAGUGUCAACACCGAAGAGAAGCGCAAACACAUUAAGAGUUUAAUUGAGAAAAUCCCUACAGCCAAACCAGAGUUAUUUGCCUAUCCUCUAGACUGGUCUAUCGUGGAUUCAACAUUAAUGGAACGUCGAAUUAGACCAUGGAUCAACAAGAAAAUAAUAGAAUAUAUUGGUGAAGAAGAAGCAACACUAGUUGACUUUGUUUGCUCAAAGGUUAUGGCUCAUAGUUCACCACAAAGCAUCCUGGAUGAUGUCGCUAUGGUGCUAGAUGAAGAAGCAGAAGUUUUUAUAGUCAAAAUGUGGAGAUUAUUGAUAUAUGAAACAGAAGCCAAAAAGAUUGGUCUGGUGAAAUAAAGAAUCCUUUUUUGUUUUUAGGGCUCCAUUUCAAUUUUUGUUUCACAUCACUGAAGAACUUUGAAGUUUCUCUGUCCCCAGAGACAUUUGUGAGACCUGUAUUUUUUAAAUGUAGAAAAUGUGAAUUCCCCCCCCCCCCAUCCUCUGUUACACUGGGGUCCCCUUUCCCUAUUUCUCAGCUUCCUUGGUUGUAAUUAUCUGAAUCCUGCAUUGGUUUUUCAUUCACUUGGUACAGUUAAAGGUAUGGUUUAUAAACUGCAGCUGCUGUAUUCAGUCCCUGAACUUCUUCUAAACUGAUUCUUGUAAAUAUGAAAAAGACCCAUGUUUUACAAAACAUCUGCUCUUACCCAAUACCAAAAUAAUUGAAUUUUAUGUAAAUGCACCAACCUUCUUUCCUUCUAGUUUUAAAGAUUACAAUAAACAUUAAAAUUCCAAAAGUGGAUGGGAGUUAUUUUGCUGGCAAACACUUUUCAUCUGCAUGGAUGUGGACUCAUUCCCUUGUUGGACCAUAAUAUUUAUACAUGAACCUGUAGAACAUGGAUUUGCACCAACUCCACCAUCCUUGUAAAGCUACUGAUUCCCUCCUGCUCAUUAUAUGAAGCCUUUUGUUCAAGUUAUGCUAAUAACAGUUCACGCAUACUUGGUUUUUUUUUAAUUAAGGAUAAACAGUACACAAAAAUCUUUGAUUUUAGCCCUCCUACUAAUAAAUAUUUGACAUCUUAAAUACUCUUUACUAUUUAAAAUUUAUAGGCCAGUUGGACCUAUUUUUGGAAAGGUUUAAAGAUAUAACUUGAGCACAACAGUUUACAAUAGUAAAUCAUAUGUCAUCACACCAUAGAAAAAUGUUUUAUGUAUACCAUCAGGUCAGCUGUGGCAACUCCUUUUGUACUGUAAGCUGUCUGUUUAAUCAAGGUUGAUAUUUCCUGCUUUUAUUCUGUAUGAGUUUUAUACAUAUGCUGAUGUGGUAUAAGGAACCAUGUACUGUAACUGCAUUUUUAAAAAUCUCAUACACAAGUAAAAAGUCUUUGUUGUGGGCCUUCGGGAUUGCAGGAUGAAUACGUUCCAGGAAGCAACAAUCAUCUUCAUUUUUUUAAAGCCGCUCUUCUGAUCUCUCCUUACCUGAAGGAAUACAGGUUGUCCUAUUUAGAAGGUGUAACUGUGACCCUGAAUUAAUGGAUUCUUGCAUUAUAAGAAGACAGCUGAAGAAAAACUGUUCUUAACUAAUGGGACUAUAAAGGCUCCACCAUGUAAAUAUUUCAGAUAUUAAAAUGUAUAUAUUUGAUCUGGA